ACACUACUAUUAAUUUGUAAAAAAAACCCCAUUUUUGUUUAAUAUAUGUAUAUUUUUCUAGUUUCCCGGCGAGAGAAAAGGAAGUAGAAGUGUACAAGGAAGAAAUAUCUCUGCUUCUACGAAACUCUCUCUGUUUCUCUUUCAGUUUUUGUUUUACCCGUCUCUGUAUAUAUAAUUUUGGUUCAUCAAAGGAAAAAACUUUAUUUGGAAUCAGGCCAAUCAAGUUUACUUCUUCAAUGCACUUUCUUUAACUACUUUCUUUUAUAUUCCAUUUUCUUGUGGAAAGAAAGUGUUAAAUGGAACAAAGGGCAAACGGUUGGAUAUCAAGUCAACCUGAAGGAUUAGGACCAUCCGAAACUCCUUCAGUCAACAUUUCUCGAGUGUGGGAAACUGGUGCAUGGGGAAUCCCACGUAAAACUGAGACAUAUCAUUCAUCAAGUGAUGCAAGCUUAUUUUCUAGCUCAUUACCCGUCCUCCAUGAAAAAUUGAACUUUGCUGAUGCGGAGCAUUCUGGUCAUUCUGUUGAUGAUAACUCGCCGGAUUUGCUCAAGCUAAAACUUGAGAAUAAUGGAAAGGACCCACUCGAAGAUGUCGAAACAAAUGCACUUGGAAGUUUACUUCCUGGUGAUGAAGAUGACCUCCUUGCUGGCAUAAUGGAUGACUUCGACUUAAGUGAGUUGCCUAGUCAGUUGGAGGACUUGGAAGAGUAUGAUGUCUUUGGUAUCGGAGGGGGAAUGGAAUUGGACUUUGAACCUCAAGAGAGCCUUAGUAUUGGGAUGUCGAAGAUGAACUUAUCUGAAGGGGUUCUUGCAAAUGGGAUUGGUAAUUACCCUCUUCCAAAUGGUGUGGGAACGGUGGCUGGGGAACAUCCCUAUGGUGAGCACCCUUCAAGAACAUUGUUUGUACGAAAUAUCAAUAGUAAUGUUGAAGACUCUGAAUUGAGAUCUCUCUUUGAGCAAUAUGGAGAUAUCAGAACUUUGUACACUGCAUGCAAGCAUAGGGGUUUUGUAAUGAUUUCAUAUUAUGAUAUUCGAGCUGCGCGUACUGCAAUGCGUGCAUUACAAAAUAAGCCGCUAAGGCGAAGAAAACUGGACAUUCACUUCUCAAUUCCCAAGGAUAACCCAUCUGAGAAAGAUAUAAACCAAGGAACUCUUGUAGUAUUCAACUUGGAUCCAUCUGUGUCAAAUGACGACCUACGCCAAAUAUUUGGGGCUUAUGGAGAGGUCAAAGAGAUCAGGGAAACUCCACAUAAGCGACACCAUAAAUUCAUAGAAUUUUAUGAUGUUAGAGCUGCAGAGGCAGCUCUUAAAGUAUUGAACAGGAGUGACAUAGCUGGGAAACGCAUAAAGCUUGAACCUAGUCGUCCUGGUGGGGCUCGUCGAAACUUGAUGCAGCAGCUAACUCAGGAGCUGGAACAUGAUGAAUCCCGAAGUUUUAGACAUCACAUAGGUUCUCCUAUUGCUAACUCUCCUCCAGGUAACUGGGCACACUUUGGCAGCCCUGUUGAACAAAAUCCUUUUCAUGCUUUUAGUAAGUCUCCCGGUUUGGGAUCUUUUAGUCCUGUAAGUAACAAUAAUUUGCCUGGACUGGCUUCAAUUCUCCCUCCUCAUGUGCCUAACUCUCCAAGGAUUGCACCUAUUGGUAAGGAUCAAGGAAAGUCCAAUAAUACAAACCCAAUUUUUACUAAUACCGGAGCAGUGCAAGGUGUAUCCUACCAGCAUUCUAGAUCCUUCUCUGAGCAAAAGAUAAGUGCAAGCCCUGGACCAAUAUCUGCCUUCAGUGAAUCUAAUUCAAGUUCAUCUGGUAUUGGAACAUUGACCGGUCCUCAGUUUCUGUGGGGAAGUCCCCCUCCUUACUCUGACUGUGCUAGUUCUGCAUGGCCAACACCACCAGUGACACACCCUUUUUCACCAAGUGGACAAGGUUUUCCAUAUACAAGUCGACAUAGCUCUUUUCUUGGUUCAAGCAACCACCACCAUGUGGGAUCUGCUCCUUCUGGUGUGCAUCUUGAUAGACACUUCAAUUAUCUCUCCGAGUCACCUGAAACAUCUUUUAUGUACCCUGUUCCUUUUGCUGGUGUGGGUUUAAAUCGUAGCAACGGAAGCUUUUUGAUGAAUGUUGGUGCCCGUGGAAUUAUCGGUGCUGGUGUUGGCCACCUAGGAAAUGUAACUGAAAAUGGUUCACCUAGUUUCAGAAUGAUGUCGAUGCCAAGGCACGGUGCUAUUUUCCUUGGAAAUGGUUCUUAUCCUGGACAAGGUACAACUGGCAUUGAAGGGUUUGCUGACCGCAAUCGAACUCGGCUAGUUGAAAAUAAUGGAAACCAGAUUGAUAACAAGAAGCAGUAUCAGCUUGAUUUGGAUAAAAUAAUAAAUGGAGAAGAUACAAGGACCACUUUGAUGAUUAAAAAUAUCCCCAACAAGUAUACUUCAAAGAUGUUGCUUGCUGCCAUUGAUGAAAAUCACCGGGGCACUUACGAUUUUCUUUAUUUGCCAAUUGAUUUCAAGAACAAGUGCAAUGUAGGUUAUGCCUUCAUCAAUAUGAUCUCCCCUUCACAUAUUGUGUCCUUCUACCAGACUUUUAAUGGAAAGAAAUGGGAGAAGUUCAACAGUGAGAAGGUGGCAUCAUUGGCCUAUGCACGAAUCCAGGGCAAGACUGCCCUUGUGGCACAUUUCCAGAAUUCAAGCUUAAUGAACGAAGACAAGAGAUGCCAACCAAUCCUGUUCCAUUCAGAGAGCCAAGAGACUGGUGAUCAGGAACACUUCCUCUCUAGCAAUUUGAACAUCUGUAUUUGUCAACCAGAUGGUUCUUAUUCUGGGGAUUCAUUGGAGAGCCCAAAGGGCCUUCUGGAUGAGAAGCCAGAGAUCAGUUGACAAAUAAUUUGGAAAUCUUACCUUUAGCCUUAAAAAAGGGAGGGGCUAAGGAUGCUAACAAGUUGAUAAGUGUCUUUUUCUAAGCGUAUAAAGUUGGAAGACAUAUUAAAACAGAAAUGUACGUUAAAGCUUGUGACAUGUGCAGUGUUUGCUCUUCAGGUAUGAGCCUUCCAUGGUAAUUCACUAGAGAAGUAAAAGAUUAAACGAGGAAGAAGGAUUUUUUUUAAUUGUAUGUAGAGCAAGAAAUUGUUAUUGAACUAGGGGUCGAAAAAUAAGGCGAAAACAUGUUGCUGAGAGUUGGGAGUCUGUUUGCAAACUGUAUAUUGUGCUCAACCUGUGGCUGGAUGUCCUCCGGGUUCUAUGUUUUUAGUCAUUCACGUAGACGUUGAAGCAUGGUUACUUUGUAUGUAAAUCAGUUGGGGAACCCCAAAUGCCAAGGGUACAGGGCUGUUCAUAUAGGAAUGUAAUGAACUUUGUUCUUGUCAAUAUUUAUGUAUGUACAGAUAUUUGAAAUACC